GUUUGGUGCUGGCCGUCUCGGUGAUUGGACGGGGCACUCGACUUCACUGUAACAGGCAGUGAGACGUACCCGGUAACGCGUGGUACUAGUGAGUCCGGCUGAAGUUUCAGAGUAAUUAAACCUAGUGAGGAUGAUAUGGCAGGCGGUCUUGUGGCUGACGUUGGCGCAGCUGGUGGCAGGCAGCUUCCUUCUGCCGGGAGACGUCAGCCCGACCCACUAUGACCUCAGGGUCGGAUACGACCUCGACCCGACCACCAACUUCUCCUUCUACGGCGUCGUCAGCAUUGUGUUAUCAGCCAACAAGCCUACUACAAAAGUGAUACUCCACGCUAAAGACUUCAACAUCACGAGUGAAGCAGUCUCACUGUCAGGCGGAGACCAGGACCCUCCGAAGGUGUUAUCUGCCAGUAUCAACGACACCUAUGACUUCCUGACCAUAACCCUGGACAAGAUGCUGCAGAGCGAUGUCAAUUACACUCUGACUAUACCUUUCUAUGGGAAUCUGAAGCCAGGGUUGGACGGAGUUUACAUCAGCUCUUACACCAAUAAAGUCACGAAGAUUAAAGAGUAUCUGGUCACUACGCAGUUUGAGGCAAUCUCGGCUCGCAAGGGUUUCCCGUGCUUCGACGAGCCAAUGUACAAAGCUACGUUCAAGAUCACCUUGGGGCACAACAAGCAGUUUACCGCCGUCUCCAACAUGCCGCAGAGCUCCAGAGGAGAAAACAAUGUUAUGGAGAAAUAUUGGCCCUGGAAAGUUAUUCGGCAGAGAUUCCAGAAAGACUUGUCCGAUUUUGUGUGGGAUGAGUUCGACAAGUCAGUGCCCAUGUCUACUUACCUGGUAGCCUUCGUGAUAUCGAAGUUCUCGCAUGUUGAGAGUCCUUCAGAUCUGUCCACCACCAAGUUCAGGAUAUGGGCCAGAAGCGACGCUAUAGACCAGACUGCGUACGCCGCAAACAUAGGACCCCGUGUGCUGACGCACUUCGAGAAGUUUUUCAACGUGUCGUUCCCCCUGCCCAAGCAAGACAUGAUCGCCAUUCCGGACUUCUCCGCUGGCGCCAUGGAGAACUGGGGUCUCAUCACGUACAGGGAAACCGCCCUGCUCUACGACAAGGACCAGUCCUCGUUUGUGAACAAAGAAAGAGUCGCUGAGGUGAUAGCUCAUGAGCUUGCUCACCAGUGGUUCGGCAACCUGGUAACCAUGAAGUGGUGGUCUGACUUAUGGCUGAACGAGGGCUUUGCAACAUUUGUGGCAUCUAUCGGUGUCAACGCGGUCGAACCUACGUGGCACGCGGACAGGAGCUAUGCUGUCGAAAAUAUCCUGUCCAUCAUGAACCUGGAUGCUUUGGAGUCUUCUCACCCGGUGUCAGUGCCGAUAGACGACCCGAAGCGCAUCAGUGAGAUCUUCGAUCAGAUCUCCUACCGUAAGGGGUCAACCCUCAUCAGAAUGAUGACCAUGUUCCUAGGAGAGGAUGUCUUCAGAAAAGCUAUACACAAUUACCUGAUAAAGUAUUCAUACCAAAACGCGGAACAAGACGACCUCUGGCGCGAACUGACGCGAGUGAGUCGCGCGAACGGCGGCCUGUCUCGCAACGUGACCGUGAAGGAAGUGAUGGACACCUGGACCACCCGCACCGGCUACCCGCUGCUGACCGUCACCCGGGACUACGUCGACAAGUCGCUCACUAUCACGCAGAAACGCUACUUAUCCCUGGGCGCUCGCAUGCCUACCACUUCCUCCUGGUGGGUUCCUCUACGAGUGUUGUGCGAAGACGACUCAAGAAGCGCGACCCCGCUGCAGUGGUUGGCAGACAACGAAGGCGUGGAGGCGCCGCAUCGGUUCCAGCACGACGCCAAGCCCGACCAAUGGGUGCUCUUCAACUUCGAUAUGGUCGCUCCUUACCGCGUCAACUACGACAAGAAGAACUGGAAGCUCCUGGCUGAUACGCUAAACAGUGAUCGCUACACUAGUGUGCCAGUUCUGGGGCGCGUGCAGCUGCUGUCAGAUGCGUUUGCACUAGCCUGGACCAAUAGACUCGACUACUCGAUCCCACUACUGUUAACGAGUUAUCUACGUAGGGAGACGGAUGUCCUCCCGCUGACCACCGGUCUGGGUGCUCUAGCUAAGAUUGAGAACGUCCUCAUUCGCUCCCCCGACUACGGGGCGUUCCAGAAGUACGUGCGUCGUCUUAUAAGCAGCACUUAUGAACGUGCCGGUGGACUCGCCGCUAAGAAAAUCAUCGAUGGAGACAAUUUGAACAGUGUCAAGUUGCAGGUGAUGACGUCACAAUGGGCGUGCCGCAUGAAGGUUCCAGGAUGCGAAGAGAACGCAAUCCAACUGUACCAGCAAUGGAUGGACACCAGCGAUCCGGACAAGGAGAACCCAAUCCCGCUGGACCUCCGUCGCACUGUGUACUGCGUGGCUCUGCGUCGCGGCAGCGUGCGACAUUGGCGGUUCGCACUCGCGCGCAUGCAGCGCACCAACGUGGCGGCCGCGCGAGACAUGCUGCUGUCCGCCCUGGCCUGCACGCGCGAGCUGUGGAUACUCAACCAAUACCUAGAAUGGGCGAUCACCGAGGGGUCGGAGGUUCGACGCCAGGACGCGGCCACUGUCAUUGUGUCCAUCACCCGCUCCGCCAUCGGAUACUACGUCGCUAAAGACUUCAUCUACACAAGGAUAGCUGAAAUACACAAAACGUUCCGCGGGCAAGCAAUUCGUUUAGGCGCAAUCAUUAAAACUCUACUUGAUCAAUUCACCACGCAGCGAGAACUCGACGAGUUCACAUCGUGGCGGGAGAAGAACGCCGCUUACCUGUCGGAAGUGAAGCUGUCGGUACAGCAGGCGGUGGAGCGAGCGACGGUCAACAUAGCCUGGGUGUCGAAACAUCGACAAUCGCUCGUGACACUCAUGCGAGAGAACUCCGCGUGAGUUUACCACCCCUCACCAGUGACCACCACAUUACCACACCGUAGAACGUAGUCAGAUGACCUUAACACUACCCUUCCACCAAAUAUAAACAUGGACGUAGCUAGUAGGCAAAGAUAGGCAAUGCCCACGCCAGACAUUUCUUUGCCCACCCUAGAAUUUGAGUUGCAUACGAAUAGAAAAUUAAUUUAGUAGGAAUGAAUUUAAAUGGACGUCUGCAGCUCCUAGGAAAAACAAAAGACAUUCGUAACUGAUCUAAAUGUCAGUUUGAGAUUAACUAAUUCUAGGGAAAGUGUGCAAAUAAGCGCCCCUGCCUGACCCCCUUAGGGAAAAAUCUCUAGCUACGCCCAUGAAUAUAAAGAACUCUUAGGCGUUGAGCAGACGACGGGGCGGGGCGGGCAUUUUGUCCACGAAGCAAUAAAGACCGCGUCUGCCCGUCGAUGUCUGCGGCUGCCCGUCGAUGUCUGCGGCUGCCCGCGCCGCGUACACAAAGCACACGACUGGCAGAGGCGGUCAGUUUAAGACGUUCGUUCUAGUGAAUAGUGCAUUACUAAUAAGCGUGUGGCGCGGACUGAGCUGACCGCCCCGCGCCGCCGUCUGCGUUACUGCAUAUAAACUGGUUUGUAUGAUCCACGGCGGGCAGCCGCGGACAUGCCGCGCCGCCAUUGCCCGCCGGGCACCCAAGGCGCGGUCUUUUUGCCCUCUGUGUGCGUUUGUAAUAUAGGAUUCACUUUGUGCUAUCGUUCGCGGCGAAAUUGACCGGCCCGCCCCGCCCCGUCGUCUGCAAAGCGCCUUACCGUACGGUAAGCACGGGUGCCCACAAAAAUAAUUACUUAAACUUACCGCUAUCCAUUUUGACAACACGUGUCCCACAAUCGCAUAAUCAGCAUCGUUCGAUAAUGAUUAUGCGAUUGUGGUAGAUUACUAAAUCUUUUUCGAAUAGACUUUUGUGUAGUAAGUAGAUAGAUUACAUGCUUUUGGCCGUUUACAAGACUUCGUCACCGACGACAUUAUAUUUACGCGCAAUUUAUAAUAUUCAUUAUUUCUUAUGACUAUCGACAUGUACUUAUCGAAGUAUGUACUCGUAUAGUACAUAAGUAUAGUACGUACUUGUAUGUACUCGUAGGUAAAGUGUCGUUUGUGAUGAACCUCGUGCAAAAAAGUUCGGAGAUGUUUUCGGCUUCGAUUCCUUGUCGUAAUUGGUUUUCGAUUUUGAAGUUGAGUUACAGUAACCAUUAUAGAAAUGGAAAUACUAAUUUCGCAUCGAUUCCGAAGUUUUUAUACGUAGUAAAAGCUGUGGUACAAGUGGUUAAAAGUAAGUUUAAUAAACCAGUACAAAAUUAACCCCCCGUUGCAGUGCAGUGUAAUUAUAAGUACUUAACUAUGUAUAUACUUAAUUUCUUGAUUAUAUUUUUUUAAAUAUAAAACUGCUCAAAGAAUGCUUGCUAUUAAGCCCUAUUCGUUUUAUAGAAGGAACAGUUUUAUUUUUUUUACUUAUGCACUAUCAAAUUCUUAUUGUAUCCAAAAUAAAAUCGGGCACCAAUUAUCUCACGUGACAUAAAAUAAAAUAAAUUUUACGAUGUUGAAGAAUAGAAAGUUGAGCUAAGCUUUGUAUUUGGGCAUUAGUUUAGAAACAGUAAUUAAGUUUACUUAGUUGUUGUCAUUACUUUCUCGUGUUUUUAUUUUGAUUCUUAAGUACUUAUUGAGUUUUAGGUACGCUUUAUGGAUCGGACUUGUAAAUAUCCUCCCAAUUUGUCGGUUAGAUCUGUUGCAGUUCAAGUUUAAGUUACAGAUUCCCGGUAGGAACAAAGGUUCAAAAAAUUGUGCCGAAUUUGGCAUUUCGCUGUAAUAUUGUUUGCGAUUUAUAUUCAAUUGUUUCGAAUCUUGACGAUGAAAAAGUUCACAAUUAACUAUGUUAUUCUAAUUCUGUUCUUAUUCUAAUUUGAUUUUCAUGGGAAUGACAUUAAUAUUUAAUACUUACUUGUAAAGUUCUCACAAAAUAUUGGAUAGAAUCUUAUCUCUCGCGAAACGAAAACUGCUAAGUGCCAGUGGAUAUGGGUACUUCGUAUGGGUAGGUACCAAUGCUACAAUUCCAUUACCAAUAAUACAAUCACUAAUUAAUCGUUUUAUGUUAUGGCUACAAGUGCAAAUAAUCCUACCAACAAAUCAGGGAGUCAGGGCGUGCGAUUAAUAACUUGCGCAGACGAGGGAUUUUGGUCAUCUGCGGACAAAAGUUCCUGAAUCGUGAAAAAAAUUUUCGCCGAGGAUUUGUCACGGACUUACACACACAGUGUGCGAACAUUUUGAAAAUUUAGUUAAGCGCACUCUAUGUUAACUGUUAACACUCGCCUGCGCAGGCUGUUAAAAUGAAAUUAACAACUUACUUACGUUUUUUUGUCAAUGCUGUAUUUAAGAAAUCUUAUAAUAUUGAAAAAAUAUUUGCUUCUUUACUACUUCUUUUUUUAUUACUAUUAUAUUACAUCAGUAUUGAUAAUAUUGUUGUCGAUGCUGCAUGAUUCUCUGAAUCUAAAAUUAAGUUUCACAAAAGUGUUUACUUGUUAUUCUCUAAAUGGAAUAAGAAGAAGAGACUGAUGUUAAAUUAAGUUAUAAGUUUAGAGGAUCUUGCCAGAAUCGAGACCAUUGUUAGCUUUAGAGAUCAUUUUAGAUUUUUAGCAUGAAAAUAGAAAAUGCGGUUUUUUGGAUUGUUUAUAACCUACAUUGAUUUAUUGUAUAUGAGUAAAUAGUCGCUACGCUGUUUUAGUACUUAUUUAAGUGUGGUGGUUGUAGGUACUUAAGUAGGUAGUGGCUAUGGGUCUUUUAACUUUACUAAUUGACAUAACUGAUUUGAUACAAUUAUUAAAUAAUAUUUCCAACAGUCACACUAAUUAGCCUAGCCUCAAAGUAAGCACUGUAAGGCUUGUGGUAUGGGAUACUAUGGUAACGGAUAGAAUGCAUAUACAGUACAUAUAUAAGUAUUUUUAUAUAGAAAUACAUAUUAAACAUCCAUGACUGGAGUACAAAUGCUCGUAUUCAUCACACAAACAUCUGCCCCCACCGAGAUUCGAAUCUGGGACCUCUCGAGUACCUAGGCGACACCUUGAAACCUGGCGUACAAACCCCUCGACCGCGGAGGUCGUCACCUAAAAUGUCGUUCGUCGUUUAAAAUGAUAAACGACCAAUGAUAAUGACAAGGCAGAUUGUUUCAUAGUUUCUUUUUUGUUCUUUUUUAUGUUUAGAGAACCCGAAACACCAGUAAUAUCCAGAUGGAAUGGACAACCCAACUUUAUGCUUUCAAUUUUUGCGAUACAUAACAUAUCGAGUGUGACACCAUCGCGCCAUGCGUAAAAGAGUAUAUUAAAAGAGGCGUUGGGGGUAUUAUUCGGGAUAAAAUUCAGCCAAUGACAGAGAAGCCUAGCUUUCGUCAGAACAAGCCAAUACUAGCUCGUUUCGUAAAUUUCAUAAUAGUCGUGCCGUUAAUAGAGCAGCUACCGAAGUACUCAUCGUAAAAUUUACCCUCAACCUGAAUUCAAAACAAAGUUCGUUGGAUAUUUAGGUUUCACCCCGUAGGCGCUUCAUUAUGUGUCGAUAAUAUUGGAUGCGUUAUCUGUUUUUAGCACAUUAUGUAUUAGAACGGCUAUGAAGUUACAUACUGCUGCGAUACUAGCGUCGCAAAUUCGCAAAAGAAGUAGGACCUUAUCGCAAUAACGCAUCAGAUAGUAUCGAAUGAUAAAAACGCGCCUAUGGGAUUGAGACUUUAACUGUGACUGUGAUACAUUUUCUAUGCUGUAGGAUACAAAAUGAUCUGCAAUUAUUUUAUAUAUUUUUGUAUCCAUAUUUGUAAAUUAUUUAUUUAUUAGAUGAAGGACAAAAGUAAAGGUCAUAAUUUUGUUAGAGAUAUUUUUAUUUUUUACUCGUCAAUAUAAUUAAUAUUUUACUGACUUAAUACAUAGUUGAAAGUGUAUUAAAACAUUAACAUCAUCACAUUUUAUCACAAUAACAAAAAACGGUAAAAUAACUACUUAACUUAGGCACUUAAUAUAAAGUUACACUUAUUCAUUUUAUUAUUAAUUUUUAUAUUUGUUCAAUUCUGCGUGGUUGUAUAAUCAUAAUAACUAUAUGUUAAAUAUUUGAAAAUCCUAUAUAUUCAUAAUGUCUAUACAUUGUUAUGAUUUAUUAUAUACAAGUUAUUGUGAAUUGUAAGUACGUAUGGAAUAAAUAUUUUAGAUAGUAAAUCGAAACCUCUGAGGAUUCCGUCCAAGAUAAUAUAUUAUCCUAAAUAUGUAAACUGGCACAGGCAUAAAUAGUUUUAAUUUGAUCCGAUAUUUUUAUAAUGUGUUAAUUUUCAUUGAAUAAAUAUUAUUUUAUGACUAUUGCAAUUUUUUUAUUUAUUUUUUUGGCUUGCCUGAUGGUAAUCUGGUAAGCGGUCCCUAUAGCCUAUAUACGCUUGUGAUCCUGAUCCCUUCCUCCUACCUAUAGGUAGACCGCUU